AUGUCCCUGCACUUCUGCUCGUCCCCCCACAGGGAACCCUGGCCCGAGGCCACCGUGGGGUCCUGGGCCGUCACGGGCCAGCAGCACUCUCUCAAGAUGCUCCCCGCUGAGCUCCCCGUGGGAAGUGACAUCAGGGAGAGCCUGUCCCCUUACCCCCCGAGGUCGCAGAGGCUGAGCCAUCUCCUGGUGUCCAGCCGCUUCCGGGCCAGCUUCACGGUGGGGCUGCCCCUGGGGCUGACCCCGGCCUGGCCCUCACGCCCCGAGUGGGCGUGGGAUGGGGUGGAAGGAGUGCGUCACCCGGCCCACAGCCCGAGGCCCUGGAAGGACGGCGUCUCCUGCCGACCUGGUUCCGGCUGCGCUGCCGCUGGGUGGCAGCUGGGCUGGUCCAAAAAUAACGCCUAUUCCCAAUCCUUUCCAGCGACCUUCAGCGUGGCCUCAUCACCCUUUAAAGUGUGCUUCCCGGGGGCGGGACGUCUUUCAUUCCUUUUGAUCCUUUGCUACAGAGCUCCUGCCUCCCCCAUCCUGGGCCGGGCCCUCCCCAAGGUCAAAGUUCAACCGCUGAGCCACGCGGGCCGGGGAGAGUUAUUCUUGGAUGCCCCUCGUCACUCCGGGCUCUGCUCCCCGCCGCAGGGGCCCCCGUGGCUGGACAUGGGGUGUGAGUUGCCGGGGCUGCUGGAACAGGAGACCACAAACUUGGGGGCCGGGUCCUCUCCCAGUUCUGGGGCCACUGCCCACCCCAGGGCGGGUGAGCGGGGGAGGGUGGGCGUGGGAGCCGCCGGGGAGCUCCGUGCUUCCGGCUGUCAGUGUGUGUGGGACUCCAGGUGCCAGCCAGGCAUGUGGCACCCACAGGGGCUGCCAGGGUGUCAGUGGGACUUCCCUGCAACCAGGAGGCUGGCCCCCCGCUUCUCCGGGUCAGGCUCGGCUCCAGAAGCACAUGGCAAUGGGGGCUCUGAGGCCAGAGGUUGGGAAGCAGCUGCAGCCUCCCCCAACCCCCUUGGGCUCUCGGCCUGGCCCAGGGCAGGUUUGGGACCGCAGCCGCCCCUCCCUUUCCCUGGCCCUCAGCCUCCUGCUCCUGCAUCCUUGCUCUGA